CAUUUGAGAAUACUUUAAGUGGUUAAACAUCUGAGUUAAUAUACUGAAAUAAUAAAUAAUGUAAACAUAAAUAUUAAAGUAUCUGGCCAGGUUUCAAGGGUCUAAAACAAGAAUUUACAGAGAAAAAAACUAAUUUUUGGACAAUAUUAUUUUCAGAAAAUAUUUAAAUUUAUGGGAGGAAAAUAAACCAAAAAGUAAGGCAAUGCUUUCAAUAAACCAUUAAUAUUGAUGUAAAGAACGAAAAGUUAUUUCCUCCUUCUUGAGGCUCCAUAUUUGUCAAAGAUCAUAGAUUUUUGCAAAUACUCUUGCAUGAUUUAUACUUGAAAGCAAAGGUGAUUUUCAUGUUUCCAGUGCUCUUGAAAUCCUAAAGAAAAGUCUCUUGAUCAUGGAAGAAAGAAAUGAGCCAUUCCUAAAUAUAUGAUGGUACAGAAUUUGGGGAUGAGGAGCUGAGUUUCUUUCUUAUUUGUUUUUCACCUAUAGGUUGAUGUUCCUUAAUGAAUGAAAGGAUGAACAUUUGGAGAGCAGAGAAAAUAAUUCUACUCUGUUUUCUGUUGGAAGGUGUUUUCUGUAGACAUCUUAGCAUCAGUCUGCCAGAGAAGAUCGAAGCUCUCAGUGGAUCCUGUGUGAUCAUAAAGUGCACUUUUGACUUUGAUAAAGAAUUUGACAAUUACCUCAAUGAGAAUGAUGCUACAGGACUGUGGCUCAAAGAUGGAACUAAUGAGAGUACACAUCAAGUGUUUAACUCCAGAGAUCCCAAACCUAAUCACUUUAAUGGGAAAAUAACUGGAAAACUACAUGAGAAGGACUGCACCACUGUCUUUUAUAAUGUUAGUUCAAAGCACAAUGGUACAUAUUACUUCAGGAUUAAGAGUGGAGAUCUGAGAUACACCUACAAACAAAACUUCUCCACUAUAAAUGUCAUCGAGUCUCCUCCCAAACGCAGAGUGCAGCUGUCUGUGGAGCAGAAGGAGGUGCAGUGUCAGGAGGAGGUGUUGGAGGGGAGCUCUGUGAGACUGCGCUGCUCUGCUGAGACUCUCUGCUCCUCUCCUCCACCAACUCUCACAUGGAGCUCCACUCCCAGAAUCCCCCUCAGUGAGAGCAGCAGACUACAGGAGCUCAUCUCUGAUCUGAACUUCACUGCUACUCACCGUGAGGACGGAGUCACUUUCACCUGCACUAUAACCUACCAGCUACAGGACAAGAACAAAACAGAACAGGACAGCAUCACACUACAUGUUCAGUAUUCACCCAAAAACACAGCAGUGUCUGUGAUUCCCUCCAGCUCUGUGUUGGAGGGCAGUUCAGUGACUCUGAUCUGCAGCAGUGAUGCAAAUCCAGCAGUGUUGAACUACACGUGGUCCAGAGAGAGUGAAGGACAGUUGAAGCAGCUGCAGACUGGAGACACUCUUACCUUCAAUAGGACCGACCCGACACACAGAGGCUGGUACCACUGUACAGCUCAGAACCAACAUGGACACCACAACUCAUCAGUGAUGCUGGACAUUCAGUAUGCCCCUAAAAUCUCUCCAUUCUCCAGCUGUAGCAGAACUGAUGUAACUGUGUGUUUCUGUGAGGCUGAUGGGAAUCCCUCUCCUGAACUGAAGUGGCAUCUGUCUGGACGUCCUGUCACUAACUCUUCAAACACAUUCAUCAGUGAAGAGCGAUUGAGCAGCACAGGCUUGAGGAGCUCCAUUACUCUUCAUCAGUCUUUCACAAACUCAUCCACUCUACAGUGUGUCAGCAGAAACACUCAAGGAACUGCGAGACAACUUUUUAAUUUGCUUCAUUUCACUCCUCAAGUGUCAGGUUUCCAUCAUUUCUCUUUUUGGGUUGGAGCUGCUGGUGGGGCUACUGUGAUGAUGGUCUUUUGUGGCAUUUUACUUAUCUGUGCAAGAAGAGAAAGCAAUACAAGACGUUACGAUGGCCCUGGACUCAUUAUGAAUGACUGGAGGGAUGAGGAUGAAGUUUAUGCCAGUAGCGCCAUGCUGUCACCAAAUGGAGCUGCCACCCAGAAUCAUAAAAGAGAACCUCUCCAUUAUGCCUCCAUUGACUUCUCAAACUUCCAACCAGAGUCAGAAGAGAUCAGGGGCAUCUCCUCUCUGACAACAGACUAUGCUGUGAUCCGAUGUGAUCCUGGUGAAGUAUCAGAGGCAGAGAGCGCAAUAAGAGUUGAUCAGCCCAACAGCAGCAUUUCAUCUGUAAUGAAGUCUGAGGAAAAGGAGACCAUACUAGAGCAGGAGGCAAAUAUCAGAGAAGAGUUCUCCCAGCCAGCAGAAGAUACAACUUAUGAAAGCAUUACCAUCUGAGCUAGAAUUCUGAGCUAGAGCUAGAAUCAUGAUCAGUGUUUUCCCAUGUAAUUACAAAGAAUAUUGACUUGGAGCUUUCAAGCUUGAAACAAUAUACAUGCAUACAUACAUCUAUACUUAGCAAAAUGGGAUAAAAUCCCAAAAGACAAAUUAUGCAAAAAUGCAUUUUGAUUACAUUUUGUGACUAUACUCUUGAAACAGUGAGUAUUUUAAUGUUUACCGAUUUGCCUCAUUUACUUUGAGCGUAAGUACCACACUUUAGCCAUAGUUGUAUUAUUAUUGUUAUUAUUUUAAUAUUAUUGUAAUUAUAUGAAAUUCAUUAAAAAAAUGUUUUCAGUCCUGCACAAGGUCUGAUUUAUCUGGAACAGAGUUUUGGUCUGGAGGAAAAUAUUUCCUUUAUUCACAGAGAAGAUCUGAAAAGCUGUUCUUAAUGUGUGAAUGCUGAGCAGCAAGUUAUCUGUCACAUAACACACAUAAUUCAAAAAGACAUUAUUGGUAAUUCAAUAGCCAAAUGGGAUGUUUAUACUGUAUGUGUCUAAAUUAAGCUGGAAUAGCAGAUAAAAUGUAAGCAACUUAACAUUUUUCACAUUCAUUUUUCAGUUCUUCUUAACGAUGAGCUUCUUUUGAAAAGCUAUUUUUAACGUGUGAAUGUUGAGGAAGUGGAUAGUCCUUCCUGCUCUGAGAGUGACUGACCUCUUUAAGGUUAAAAAUCUACAGUCACAUAUGACAUUAGUUUCAUU